AUGAUUGUGGGCUUGGAGAACCUUGGAGAGCCCAUGCGGUGCUUGGAUGAGAAGCUCAUCAUCGAAUUGUCCAAGGCUAUAAGAGCUAAGCCUGACUGGACAUCCAAAUACAAGAACUUGGAUAUUGUAAACAAAUGGAGGAAGGAGUUCAAGGAGCAAGAACCAAAGUCUAGACAUGUGGAUGAAGUCUUCGAUUAUAUGUUGAGAGAACUACAAUGGUACGACAAGAUGGAGACGACACGUCCUGAAUUUUCCGAUAAGAAGUUCAAAAUGGGACCAGACAACAGAAUUGUAUUCAGUGACGUUGCAAUCGACAAGAAGACGGCUAAGUCGCUCGUGUCUGCAGUAACUGAAUUUGAAAAAGUCACACCUAAAAAUUAUCACCCAGGAUCCAACAAUUUGGUGGUAGAUCUUGUACAUCCAUCACUUUUCACUUACAAAGAAAUUAAGAAUUUCAAGAACGGUGCCUUCCCUUCUGGGGGAAAUUUCCAGUGGUUACCAGCGGAGUUGAGCCUAGACAACGAGUCUAAGAAAUUUUCCUUUACCUCGUAUAUCAACAACCUUCAUCCUUUGAAGCAUCCUGAAUUGUACUCCAUCAUUGCUGAAGUAUUCAAUCAAGCAGUUCCUGGCUUGAACUUCUCGCUAGCAAGGUACGUAUCCGAGCACUAUGUUCGUGUUCCAAUUCCAGCUGGAAUUGGGGCUUAUAAAGGAACUGAUGAUGAAUAUUAUGAAUUAUACUAUCCGAAGGGCACCUACUGGCUCGAUUACGAAGAGGAAAGGAGAUGCAGCUUUGAGUUCUUAAGAGACUUCCCUCCAACCUACACGAAAGAUCCUGUUACCGAGGACUUCGAUGUUCGUGACUUCUCGAGAUUAAAAGUGAUUGUCAAGCUUGCCAAUAUUGAGCUUACUCCUGAGAAUCCCAAGUACGCCGGUGGGACGUGGCACUUGGAGGGAUUAAUCAGUGAAGAUAUUGUUGCGACCGUUCUCUACUACUACCAUGUGGACAAUAUCAAGGACAGCAAGCUUUCAUUUCGGGCGGGCUUUGCAGAUCCUUUGGACCCUUAUGUUGAACAUGGUAUAGCAAUCGAUGAAUUUGUUUUGGAAUAUUUUUAUGGGAUCAAGGACCAGGACAAAUUGACAUAUCCUUUGGGGGCAGUGGAUGCCCAAGAAGGAAGGGCAGUUGUUUUUCCUAACUACUUUGAGCAUUGUGUCGACCCCUUUGAAUUAGAGGAUCCUCUGAAACCAGGACUGAGAAAGCUCUUGUAUUUCUUUGUGGUGGAUCCAUACAACGAUGUCGUCAAGUCUACUAAGGAUGUUCCACCACAGAUUAAGGAGUGGGUGGAAGAUAAAGAAUUAAUGUCAAAGUACUUUCCUGAUGUUAGACCGGAAGAAGUCACUACAAUGUCUUGGGAAGAGGCAAUCAAAGCUAGAGAUGAGCUUAUGGCCCAGAGAAGUGGAAGGCAUGAUGCAGACUAUGAUGAUGAGGAUCCAUACGAGCGACUAAUCAAUAUCUGUUAG